AUGCUGGAGGAGCUGCUUACUGGAUACUCGGAUGCUGGGAGCCGAACACUGAAGCUGGGAGCUGAUUGCCGAGUGUCGAUUGCCGAGAGUCGAAUGCCGAGAGUCGAAUGCCGAGAGUCGAAUGCCAGAGAGUCGAUUGCCGAGAGUCGAUUGCCGAGAGUCGAAUGCCGAGAGUCGAAUACCAGAGAGUCGAUUGCCGAGCGUCGAUUGUCGAGACACCUGGCUCCUCAUUGCGACCCCCACCAUGGCAGACCAGACCAGACCAGCAGACAAGGCAUCCAACCGAAAGGACACUACCAUAUUUCUAUGGCGAGAAACCGAAAAGGAUUUCUCCGUCCUCUGAUCUCGCCUGAAGAUCGGUUGUGGCCAACACCGUUGAACGCCAGACUGGACAGCCCAAAGCAGGGACCGGUUGACCGACAGAGGCAAGACCAGGACCAAGGGAAGAGCCAGGACCAAGGGAAGAGCCAGAGCCAGGGGAAGACCAGAACCAAGGGAAGAACCAGAGCCAAGGGAAGAGCCAAGAGAAGACCAGGAGGAGGCAUGGGAGUGAAGGAAAAAGAAAAAUGA